GCCGAUUCAUUUCGCCACGCCUGUCCUUAGUGCUUAGCUUUCAUGUCACCUUUUCUUCGUGUAAGGAGAUCAUCGGGACAGAAGACAUUGUCAUGGACGAUUUGCAUCAACAAUGGGAGCGAUAACGUGUGGAAACCUGCCACUCUUUGCAACAAUAUUGCAAAAUAAGUUUGUGAAGUAUGGGAUACUAUGCAAGCUGAAUUGCAUUUUUGGAGAAGUGCUUUCAUAUUAAGGAAAAAGUUAAGCAUUCACAGAUGCAGCUUCAUUCAGUGGAUGUAUGACCAUGGAUCAUGAAGAGGUGCAGACAGAGCUGGAUGAUGGCGGUUCUCUUGGGACUGGUGUUAAGGAGCAGCAGUGUCACCUCUGUCACCAGCUGCUUGACAGUGAGGCAAAGCUCCAGUCAGCCAUCCAGGAGCUACAGACCUUACGUACACAGCAGGCCGAUGAGAUGCAGGAGGUGGAGAGUUAUGUUGCCCACAUUCGUGGGCUGCUGGAAGAGCGCGAGGGCCUUACUGCAGAUUAUGAGAGGGACAAUGAACAGUUGCGACAAGAGCUCCACCAGAUCAGACAACAACAAGAGAAUCAGAGCAAAGAGCUUGCAGAGAUGUUGGCUCAGGAGGACCUUGGGGAAAUUGGCCUGAGCAGUCCCAGUGAGCAAGUGGCUUACUUGCUUGUGGAGAGGGCCACUUUACUGGAGAGGCUGGAGGCCGUAGAAAGGAGACUUGAGAGUCAAAGCUUCACUGACAGCUUAUUAGAAGUCCAUCACCAGGAGCAUAUUCACCAUACUAUGGGGGAUGAGCUGAGGCAGCAGAGGGAGGAUAUGCAGAAAACCAUAGAUAACAUUAAGUGCUCUACCCAGAGUCCAUGGAAGAAGUUGUUUGGGCUGCGCAGGUCUGGUCAGAGCAAACACAAUAUUACCCCUGCCCACAGUGAGGAGAUUUCCCGAGAGAAAAAUGAGCGCCAACGAUUGGAGCGAGACCUUGAAGAGGCAUCCAGGAGGCUGGCAAUGGCUCAUCAGGAUAUUCGCAGACUCACCAAUGAGCUGGAUGUUGCCAAGAACAACAACCUGGACCCAAGUGGGUCUGAGCUGCAGGGAACGUUCCAAGAAUUAGAGAACCUGAGGAAGGAAGUGGACAAACUGAAACACUGUGAUAUGAUGAAGCUGCAACGAGCCAAAGAGCAAAAUGACAGACUAGAUACUGAGAACAGAGCUCUGAGAGAGAGAGUCCGCACUUUAGAUUCUGAAAAGAAAAGUCUCCAGGAUCAGUUGGAAAUAAAUGAUGUGAAAAAAGGUGAUCAAAAGAACAAGGGUGUUAACUGUGAACUACAAAACAACAACCAACCUGGCUUGUCAGACCAAGAAAAGGAAUGCCUUCACAAACGAUGUCGCGAAGCGAUGGAAGAUGGAUUAGUACAGGUGAAGGAGCUGCAGCGACAACUUCAGAGGCUCCGUAAGCAACAAGAAGAGCUUGAGGAGAGGAACGAGGAGCUUGAGGCCGUCCUGGGGGAGGCCCAGAACACCAGCAAGGAGGAGAGACAUCGACAUGAAGGAGAACUGGAAGGACUUCACAGAAGGAUCAAAAGCCUGGAGGCAGAGCUGAAGAAGCAAAGUACCUCAGAAAAAAUGAUGAAGAAUGGAGAAGAUGUCAAAAGCAGUGAAUCUUUCCUACAACUGCACCUGAGGGACAGCAGUCAGGAGAGGCUGGCUCUGCUAGAGGCUCGUCUGACUGAGGAGAAGGACUGGAGGAAACAGCUGGAGGUUGACCUUGGUGCUGCCCAGGCUGCACUCAAAAAAGACAAGGAGGCUUUGCAGAUAGGUGAGCGAGAACUGAAGAAGCUGAGACUUGAAGUCAACAGCCUUCAGACAGAAUGCCAACAAGGGAAAACACUCAUCAAGAGCCUCACUCAAGUCAAAGGAGAGAAAGCAGUUCUGGAAGAAAAGGUGGCCCAGAUGGAUCGUGCCCAGAGCCGGCUGCAGAGCGAGCUGGAACACUACAAGGCCAGUAACCGAAGCCGGGAGGACCUCAAGGAAAACAAACUUCUGGUGGACCAGCUACAGGACCAGGCUGACAAGCUAACUGCUGAACUCAGCAGCCUCCAGACAGCACACAACACCUUGAGGGAAGAGAUGGUUGCUGAGCGGCUGCAGACAGCUGAACUCCAGGCAAAGCUGAGCUCAAGUGUCCAGGAGAAGCUGACGGCUGAAGGAGAAAGAGAGAAAUUGAAGCUAGAGAUCCAGCGCCUUAAAGAGCAGAUCAAGUGGCAGCAGGAGCAGCUCUCAUCUUCAAAGGAAGCACUUAUUAGCAAAAAGGAGCCUGAGCUGCACGCAGCUCAUCUAGAAUCCAGGCUUAGUCCAGUGAGGAGGACAAAGGAUGAGGGCUUGGAUCAGGUUUCACAUCUUAAGCAGGAGCUAAAUCAUCUCCAGAACAAACUUGAGGAGGAUCGUCAGCUGGCCUCACAGCACCAACUGGGCCUUCAGGCUCAGGUCAAUGAAGCCCAAGCGCAUAUCAAGUCCCAGGAUUUAGUGCUGAGCCAGAAGGCAGAGGAGGCUAAACAGAUGAAGCAAGACCUGCAGAGGGUCCAGAAUCUCUUCACCUCAGCAGAGCGAGAGCUGCGCUAUGAGAAGGAGAAGAACAUGGACCUUAAGAGACACAACACCCUGUUAGACCAGGAAAAACUCAAGCUUUGUGCAGAGCUGAAGCAGAUCCAGACCAAGCUGGUCCAGAUGGAGCAGAGUGUCCACACUCAGGUCGGCGAAUGUGAACGUCAGCAGCAGAAAAUUAGAGAACUUGAACUGGAACUAGCACGCAGCUCAACAAACCUCAGUGCCAAAACAAGUUUGCAGGAAGAGCUGCAGGCAGAGAGAGCUCGUCUGAUUGCUGCUGACAAGAAGGUGUUGGAGCUUCAGCAGCAGCUAAAAACUGCCCAACAUCAACUGCGUGUGGAGGAAGCACGGGCAGGUGAGAGUAGUCGUCUGGAGAGGGACAGCAGAGAUCUAUCUGAUACCAUAUCAGCACUGAGAGCCAAGCAGCAGGAAGAACAGAUCACCAGGAAGCUGUUAGAGCAGCGCGAGGAAGAGUUGCAGCAGCAGUUGCGUUCCCUGAGGCUGAAGGAGGCCUCAAUGACUAGGAUGAAUGCAGAGCUCAGCCAACGGGCUCAACAGCUGGACACACGGCUGGCCAUCGUGGAGGCUGAGCUUAGCAAGGCCAGAGAUGAGGUGAGGGACAGCCAGAAGUCCUGCAACAAGCUACAGGAAGAAUUGGGGUCCAGUCAUCAGGAGUGUGACAGAAUGCAGGGGGAGCUGCAGCAAGUUCUGCUACAACUGGACACACACAUUAGGAAGUAUAAUGAAAAGCAGAGUCAGCAUAAGACCAAGCUGCGUCAAGCCAAGCAGGUCUUUCUCAAGGCCACCGCACAGAGGGAUCGUAUCAUACAGAAAUUGGAGAACGACCUGCUGCUGGCCUCAAGCCUCUCAUACAAGGAAAAGGAAAGAAUUAACACGGUGACAGAGGAAAAUGAGAAGCUUUUGGAGGAGAAAAGGGAACUUUUGCAGAAGAUAAGUGAAGCAGAGGAAAUGGGCAGCAAAGGAAUGAGGACUGCCUCAACUGUCCAGUACAGGGUCAACGUCUUGGAGAUGGAGAACAGACAACUUCAGGAUAGAACCCUGAAGCUCUCCAAUCAAGUCAGUUCUUUAGAGCGUGCCCUAAAGAACGUCCAGUCGUACUACAGUGUGGAGAAUGCUAAGAAAGUGCUCCCCUCUGAAAGCCUUUGUGAUGGUCUCCUGCAUACGUCUUCUCUAAGUCUGACAUCAGGUUCAUGCGACCCCCUUGACAUCCUGGAUGCAAUUUGUCGUGCAAAGGUGGGUGAGCAUAUGGUGGUUGAUACCAGUCGAGCGUCAGUCUCAUCUACACAUCACCAAUCGGAGCAAGGCUACCUGAAUCUCACAUCCCCAUUGGUUCCUCCGGACUCCAGAGGAACUGAGGAGAGCAGUCAUGACACAGACCAGGUAUAAGCGGUUUUAGGUGAGGAACUACAUCAUCACUAACUCCCAAUGGAAAAAGAAAUCUGCAUUAAAUUGUGAAAUAUAAAACUAGUAUAAAGGGCAGUAAUAAUGAAUGGGAGCUUCCACUAUAGUUCUGCUCAGGGUGAUAUGCCAUUUGUUAAGCAACCUAGAUUGGUGUUUGGAACGCAAGUUCCAAGAAGAAGAAAAAUAACCUGUGAGUGUCAAUCAACUAUUUUACACAUGGUUAUGAUAAUGUUUUAAUGCACAGGUGAGUUACGUAUAUGUCUGGGAAAGUGGUCAGUUGUUUGCAUCAGCACACCAAAGCAAUAAGAAUGUUUGAAAGCCAUAUGUUGGCUUAUGGGAAUGAUAAUCAUUUUUAAAAAUAUGGAUAAUGUAAAAUAUGUGGACGUUUAUUUUACUAGCGCUGUGGAUAUCUUUAAGACAUUUCAUGAGGGAAACUGAUGACAGAUGUUUAACUUGAGCACUUUAUUUGAUGUGUUUACAUUUGGAGAUAAUGUAGCAGUGGAAACAACAGAGGGUCUAACAGUGUAUUGAUAACAUGUAUUUUUACAGUUAAUCAUUGGAGUUUUUCAAUGCCUCUUAUGGCUUUGUGUGAGUAUGGUUUUACUGUGUCUAAGAAAACUUAGAAAACACAUUUGCAUUUUUAUGAGUUUACUAAAUAGGACUUUUACUGUAUGUGGCAUUGUUAUUAUCACAGUCUGGCCUGUUCUGAGAUUUGUCAGCUGUACUGUUUAAGCCAUCCCAGUAUUUACAUUUGAGCUCCACUCUUAAAAAAAGAAGCCAAAAUGUCAGGAAGCCACUGAAUUCCAAGAGGGUUUUUUGUGUCUAUUUCAAGCAUCCCAUGCUUUUUUUCUUUUCUUUUUUUUUUUUGAGUUGGUCAACCUCAGUGUUUUCCUCCAGGGACAGUAAACAGAAAGGACUUCUACUAAUGCACAAAGAUAUGUGUGUGACAAGGCAAUCAAUUACACUUAAAGGUAGAAGUAUACAAUAUUAAGUAUACAGUGCUUAACAAAUUUAUUAGAUCACCCUAACCCUAACCAAAGUAAGGUUUAUGCCACAGCUGCCCUAAAUUAGCAGCAUUGGUAAUUACCAAA